CACACACACACACACACACACGGCAGGAUUGAUCCAGGCGACAAUCUGAAGGCCAGACGGCCGGAUUUAAAGGACCUGGCAAGGGUCCCUCGGUGACAAGAUGGCGACGGGUCCCUGCGAGAUCCUGGAGCGGAGCGAGGAGUCACCAGAUUCUCUGAAAGAGCCUCCGGUCCAGAAGCCAUUGAAGGAGGAGAUAGAAGAAGAUACCGCAAUACCGAUAGGUAAAGAAGAGAUAAACAGCACCCCAAAUCAACUGGAAUUCCUCCCACUUCAGGGCAUUGAGAGGAAGGAUGUAGACAGGCUUCACGUGGUCGAGCAAGAUCUUGAUGAGUUCGUGGACAGCAUCGGAGAAACAGCUUCCUCCACGCUUCCCGAGCCGCCGCUGGAAGCGGAGGAGCCCCCGGCUCCCAGACAGGUCCCCGCAAAACAGCCCCGAGCCGAACAAGUGGCGGAAAAAGUCCUGCGGGCUGAAAGGGUGGUUGAGAGGGCGCCCCGGGCAGAAAAAACCUCAGGGAUGGAGAAGGUGGCUGAGAAGGUGCCCAGAGCAGAAAAGGCGCCCCGGGUUGAGAAGGUGGCACGGGCAGAGAAGCCGGCGGAGAAAGCGCGGCCUGCAGCUCCAGCAGCCACAAAGACCAUCCCAGCUAAGAGGAAAGCGGAAGCCCGCGCUGCAGGGCCAACAAAGGACACGCUCCCUUGGGAGGGCCUGACCCUGAACAAAUGCCUCGUCGUCGCCUCCUGCCUCGCCCUCCUCAGCAUCAGCUGCCAGGUGGUUCAAGACAUUGUUGAUUAUGGCGGGGAAAUCCUCGAGGCCGAGCUGAGUGCUUGGACAUCUCAAGACGGCAGCGUUGGGGAAGCGGAAGAACUCUGGUUUUACGAGAGGUGGCUGAACUGGUCGGACAUGGACGAACCACCCGACAUCGAGGAGGAGGAGGAGGAGGAAGAGGAGGAAGAGGAAGCCAUAGAAGUCGAAGAGGAGGAGCCCACUGAAGAGGAAGGGGAGGAGCCAGAGGAAGAGGAGGAGCCAGAGGAAGAGGAGGAGGAGCUAGAGGAGGGAGCGGGAGGAGCUAAAGUCAAGCAGAGGAAAAGGCCGGAGAAAGCGACCCGGAGAGAGAGGGUAUCCAAGGAGAAGUCCCAGAAAGGUCGCAAGGACCCCGAGGAAGAGGAAGAGGAAGAGGAAGAAGAGGCGCCUGUUCGCAGCAAGCGGCCUCCGCGGGAAGGGAAGGGGAAAGAGCAGCGGCCUCAGCGCGAGGGGAGGAGGAGCCGAGCACCCAAACCUGAAGCCAAGGCCCACAAGCAGGAGGAAGGGAAGGGGCGCCCCAAGGACGGGCGCGAGCGCGGGAAAGAGCACUCCCUCGCCAAGCCCGAGCGGGACCACAAGGCCCAACCCCACGAGCAGAGAGGCCGGAAGCCCUGGCAGGUGCAACGCCCGCUCUUCCCUCUGCACAAGCCUGCAAGGCGGCACGACUGAGACCCCCUCCGCCGCGGGAAGCAGUGCCCCAAAACGCCUCCUGCACCCUCAGACAGGCGGGCGCAGGGGCACGGGCGACUCUGAAGCAGCGCGAGACCAGCUUGCUUGCAUCUCACAAACUUCCCCUUGGUCCCACUUCCCAGACGGGUAAUACUGAGGACCUCCCACCUGCAGAGGUAUCUUGGGCCACGGUCGAGGACUUGUCUGCCCAGCCCAGGAGAUCCCUCUGCACUCUGACCUCAAGAAAGCCUCUCCCACCUCCCCAUUUUCUUCUCUCUUUUUUGGGGUGUUUAUGCCUUCGUGCGCGCCCCCCCCAAUAACGGGGAAAGGGGAGGCACCCCGCAACGGCAAAGAGAAGUUGCAGUGUUUGCUAAACCGGCUUGUGACGGACGAUGAGGCCUUUGUGCUAGACUCUGCUGCUUUCGUAGACCCCACCCACC